AGAGAGCAAACGAGGGGAGGGCGGAUGGGGAGGUGGGUUUGCAGUUUUUCAAGACGAAACUGUUGACAGCCUGCAUCGUGCAUCUCAGAGGGAGGGGGCCAGAGCUGAAGGGGGGCGAAACGGUGCAGAGACCUUAUUUUUCAUUUCCCCCCCCCAAAAAAAUAUCCUUAAAUAUUGAUACUACGACACAUCAUAUUUCUACGACAAAAGUUACAUGGUUCGGGUGCGGGCUGUGGUGAUGACCCGAGACGACUCGAGCGGGGGUUGGGUGCCCAUGGGCGGCGGCGGCCUGAGCCACGUGAUGAUCUGUAAAGUCCGACGUCCUGAAGAAGGGCAGCGGCGCCAGUACCUGAUCAGCGGGGAGCGCCUCCGGGACCAGACGACCAUCUUGGAAUGCACGCUGAAGAGGGACCUGGUCUAUAACAAAGUGAACCCCAUUUUCCACCACUGGAAAGUGGGGGACAACAAGUUUGGCCUCACCUUCCAGAGCCCCGCCGAUGCCGUGGCCUUCGAGCGAGGUGUGCAAGCAGCUCUGGAGGAAAUCGCCGAAGGUUCCCUCUCGCCUUCCUCCACCUCCUCUUCUUCUCAGGACGAAGCUGACGGGAAAGACGAAGCUUUAGCGGUAUACACAGACAGCGAAUCCUCGUCAAACAGCCGGAAGGAAAUGCUCCCCAAACCCAUCACGAUCGUAACCAAUGAAUCCUCAUCCAGCUGCUACAUCCGUUCACCCCUCUCGGAAGAAUUCUCCUUCAGCACACCGCAGGGGCUGGGCUCAACUGGGCCAGUACGUGUCUCUUCGGUCCAGCCCCAGCCUUUGCAACAGCUGAGCCUUCCGGACGAAGAAGAGCUAGAGAGCAUCUCUCCUUGCCGAGACCUUUGGGUCACCAAAGGCUACGAGGACUAUCGCAGGGCCGUGGUGCAGAAGCACCAGCCCGACCUGGACAAGACGACGGACGUGUGCGUGCACUUUAAGAAGGGCAGCGGCGCCGGCAGAGGCGGCGGCAGCAAAUCCCCGCGGGAGAAGGAACACGGCUUCCCGCCCGGGGCCGAAGGGCGGCUCAAGGACCCCAAGGCCUCUCCUUCUUGCUGCAUCCACGGGGCCCCCUCGCCCCCCAAGCACAAGAUCCCGAAGGAGCACCAGCAGCAGCCCCCGCCCGGCGCCCCCGGGGUGGAAGAGGACGCCGUGCCUUCUCGGUGCGUCUACUGCCGGGACGUCUUUAGCCACGAGGAGAACGGGCGCGGACAGUGCCAAGACGCGCCGGACCCCAUCGGGCGCUGCGUCUACCAGUUCACCUGCAUGUGGUGCGCGGAGAGCAUGCUCUACCACUGCAUGUCGGACUCGGAAGGCGAGUAUUCGGACCCGUGCUCCUGCGACACCGGCCACCCCCAUUUCUGUGUUCGCUGGAUGGCCCUGAUCACCCUCUCUCUCGUCGUCCCCUGCAUGUGCUGUUACCUGCCCCUCCACGCCUGCCAUUCGUGUGGCGAGCACUGUGGCUGCUGCGGCGGCAAGCACAAGGCGGUCCGGUGAAGGCGGCCGGAGAUCCGACAUGGGGGAGCUCCAUUUUUAGCCACAAGCAAGGGCCAGCGGUUUUCCACAGAGCUGAAGGCUUGAGAAGGGUCCGGACCUCCCACCAUCCGCCAAACCCCAUUCCCAUUUCUCUCCCCCUCUCUUCCUUGUCCCAGUUCUAGGAAGAGACCUGUGAGGCUGGCAGGUGGAAUCCCUGUUUUUCAUUUUCCCCGUUUCCAAAUCUCGGGGGGUCCCUUUUUGUCAAGAAACGGUAAGCCGAAGAGCGACGAGAGGCACUUUGCCAUUUGUAAAAGCAGGCCCAGCAAUUGGAGGGCAUUCCAGGGAGGACCCCUCUCUCCGUUUUCCUCACUUUAUUUAUUUUUCUUAACAAAAGGAAAGGGAAAAAUUAUUCGGGAGAAUGAAAGAGACGAGGCAGAGCACGGUAGGGAGGCUAAUACAUUCCAUAGCAACUCCCCAUUUCAGUGUGCCAAUACUGUAAUACCUCUUUGAUCCACCCAAUCGGCCCCUGUUCGUAAACAAAAAAAUAAAACCCACCAAAUUGGGGUUUAAGGUUUAGGCAAGCCUGCAUAACGUGGGGUUCCACCAGCAUGGAUGCAGCCCAAUUGUUGCACCUCUGCAUUGUGGGGUCCCCAGAAUACACUGGCUAAGUGUUUAGCUCUCCCUGUCCAUGAAGGGGAGCGCCAUGAAAAAACUGAUUGGUGAGCCAUGCUCCUCGGGAUGUGGCUGGACUAUAACUCCCAUCAGCCUGAGCCAGCUCAGCCAGCGGUGAUGGAUGAUGGGAGCUGUCGUCCAGCCACAUCGGGAGGCCAGAUCUUACCUGUCCCUGAUUCAACUUAGAAGGUCGCCCUUGGUGACUUUUUCACAAGGUCACUAGCGGCUGUUGCUUCCGCCAGAAGUUUUUUCUGCUUUUCUGCCUUGGAAAUCUGUUUGGGCUUGUCUGCGGAACACACAUUCCAGUGAGAUCCAGUCUCCUGCAGGACCGUGUGGACUCUGUACGCUGACUCUCUGCUUCCAGCUGGAGGCAGUUGUGUGAGUCCAUCCUCCAGCCGGGGCAAAAAAGAGUCCACCUUGCUGUUUCUGGAUCGGUCCAGAAAGGGGAGUGAGAGCCCUAGAUAAAACGCAAGAAAGCCUAAUCCAGAGCGUAGCCAUGCCCGUUUUCUGCGGCAAAACCAGCGAGGAGUCUUGUGUCACUCUGAAGGCUGACAGGUUUUGCUGGGGCAGAAGCAUUUUGUCAGCUGCAUCUGGCCCAAGGGGGCUGCAGGCCCGUGAAAGCAGUGGACCAAUAAAUCUUGCUCAUCUGCAGAAGCUUUAGGAUAUUUUGGGGAGGGGGGGCUGCAGGUUUUCCCAAGGGUACCAAUAUCUUCAGAGGGUCCCAGUCAAAGCGCAGGGAGAGCUAGCACGGAUGACUUAACAAGGGCAGAGAGGUCCUUUGUUUUACUGUGUGUCGUAUUGUUGCCCUUUCUCAUCUCUACCCACGGACGAUUGUCAUUCACACACAUCUCCCCCUUUCUAAAUUUCCCAUCUGGAGCUCUGGGCCUUGUAAACCCAUGUGGACUAGCUGCAUGAAACAGGAACUGCCAGGAGAAAGCCCUUUAAGGUUUUCUAGUGAGAUGAGGUAGCUGCCUCUUGGGAGCCCCCUCCUGAUGGUUCCUUUCCAUGGCCUCUCGUCCUUCCAUUCUCUCGACCCUUUCCAAAAGCAAAAAAAUAUAAAGAUUUCUAGAAUAAGCCAGCCUUUAGAAAAGGUAGGAGUUCUGCAAAAUGAUCCAUGAUAUGCAAAUUGUUUCAGUUUGCAUAAUGCAUUCACAGUGCUGCCGAAGGUACAAUUUUUGGUGCAAAACUGGAUAAGGGAGGUUAGGAUUUUUAAAAGAUUUUAAGCACCCCGGCAUCCUAAAAUCUAGGCAUAAGGGUCUGUAUUUCCCCCUGGGCCUAUUGUAGACUCAUUCCCAACAACUGGAAAUACCAAAACUGAGGA